CCGGUGGUGUGGGGGGCGUGGUCGCUGGAGGUAUGUGGGCGGGGUCGGGGCACAGGAGGAGGUCGGAGAGGUUCAUAUACGGCAACAAGUAGCGUUGACGUACACUCCUCAGCUCCCACUCAGCGAGGAACACCACACGCGCUCUCUCUCCACCCGCAGUUACCACGUCCUCCGCCUUACACCACCGACCCCACGAACCAACACCAUGUUCUUCGCAGUCUGGGCUCUCCUCGCGGUCAUCACCUGCAGCCACUAUGCCAGGUCCUCUCCAGUGCCCCCAGUAGUAGGAGCCCUUGAGCCGUCUUCGCAGGACUUCGCCCAGGGCCAAGACGAUGCCUUCGCCUCCCCAGACAAACGCCUCCUCAAGUACUUCCUCCCAGAGAGCCAGGCUUUGGGAACUGAAGAAUUCGCCCCUAUGAUGGCCACCCAGGAGGACACCAAGAGAGGAUACUCGAACAAGAACUACCUUAGGUUCGGACGUGGUGAUGAGAAACGUGGAGACCGUAACUUCCUCAGAUUCGGCCGCGGAGACGCUGCCAUGGACAAGCGCAACCGCAACUUCCUCCGCUUCGGACGCGGCCCCAACCGCAACUUCAUCAGGUUCGGACGCUCUGAGACAUCCCCCUUGGAGUUCAGCCUCGGACUCCCCGAAGAGGAGCUGCCCGUCAUCAUCGACCAAGGAGACAUCGACGAAAUGUUCGAAGCCUUCAAGGAGGAGAAGAAGAACGCCCGCAACAGCAUCCGCCACCGCCGCUCCGUCGACCGUCAGCUCUCCUCCUUCUGCGACAACUGCGACGACAGCCAGAAGCCCCAGCAGACCACCACCGCUCAGCCCGCCGUUGUUGCCGCCGCCAGUAGACCCAAGCGCAGCGAAGCCGAGGCCAAGGACGCGCUCAGCCUCCAGCGCAGCAAGAGAUACGUCGUGCCCAACUACUACGGCUACUCCAGCUACUCCAUGAACCACUCCCCCGCGGCCUGGGCUAAGAUGAUUCCCGCCGAAGACAUGGAGCUCGAGGAGGAGCCCCAGGUCCUGGCCAAGCGCGCCUUCAACGUCCUGUCCGGCCCCAGCGAGUUCGUCGGCUCCCCCAGCAUCCCCGAGGGCAAGAUGCUGGUGAAGCAGUACCCCCGCAUCGUCAGGGCACCCGAGAGAAACUUCCUCCGAUUCGGUUGAACAAGUUGAGACAUUAACACUCCUAUAUGGCAACCCUUCCUUCACACCUUCGACCUGACUAUCCAUUUCUCUCACGGGAAAAUUGUCCUUGUACAACCUUAAGUAUGCUGACCUUGAUGUUAUAUAUCUUUACCUGGAUAACGGAUAACGGCUCAUCCCAGUGCUCCCACAUUAACUUAUAUAUUGAUAUAUAUGUACAGAACUGAUGGGAGAUUGUUAUUUAAAUAUAUAGAUAUAUCGAAAAGAUCAGCGAUUUUUUGGUUUGUGUGUCAAUGGAUGUGGAUAAAAUACCUUUAACUAUUUAUUUCAUAAAUCUUAAAUCGUUGAUCUGACGCACUUAUGCAGAGGCCAAUAACAUAUUGAAUGAUAUAAUAUGCUGACAAUAUAUUUCGAGUCGUUAUCAGUCCUUAUCUUUAGACGCUUUAGAUGUGUGACUGAGUAUGUAAGGAUGAGAGUAUUGUAUAUAUAUUCCGAGAGGCUCAACAGGUAAAGUUAGCGAGUACUCGACUGUGGGGUGUUGACUGUACCGUUUACUUAAGUCCUCCCCUCAAUUUACCUAUUGUAUCGUUUUCUAUGUUUUGUUGAGGUUUGCUUAUUCCAUACUUUUUCUUCCUUCAAGACGCAUGUAAUGCUCUUGGAUUAUUAAUAUAUGUAAAGGCUGGAGAACUGAUUAAUAGUUCAUUUCACCCUAUCCUAUUCCUUUUUGAAUCUAAUAAAGUAUUAUACAUUCACACAUGCCUUCCA